AUGCCGGUCCUUAAGAACCCCUACAAAUUGAAGAUGGCCACGGCCAACAGGGCACCGGGCGGCACCGGGGAGCUGAUCCUGGCCCAGGAGAGCAGCACCAACCCCUUCGAGGAGGAUUUGGAGGAGAACUCGGGGGACUCUGUCCUGGGGGACCAGAACCCCUUCCUGGAGGAGGCAGAGGAGGAGGACGGUGGCUUUGAACGUGACCUCACCAAUGGCAGCCUGGACCGGGGCCGGGUGACGCUAGAGAAGCUGGCGGGCCUGUCCCCCUUCCGGCUGGGCAAGGGCAAGAAGGGGGCGGGCAAAGAGAAGGCUCCUGCCGGGGACAAGGGGCCCGACCGGCGCCCCUUCCUGGGCCUCGGGUCCCUGGAGAAACGGAAGGCGCGGCGCUGCUCCGAGGACUUCCGCCUCCUGCAGCGCUUGAACGGGCGGCGCAGGGAGAGCCAGGGCGGGCCGGAGAGCUCCCCAGCCGAGCGCGAGGGUGUCCCCGACGCCGGGAAGCGAAUGAACUUCCUCAAGCUGGGCCUGGGGGGCCGGGCGCGCCGGGCCUCGCUGGUGGACAAGCCCAGCCCCCCCGAGGCCCCGGAGCCGGCGCUCGCCGCCCAGGAGGUGGAGACUGUCGCCAAGGCCCAGGAGCCUCUGUCAGUGCUGGAGAUCCUGAACCUGAUCCAGCAGCGGGACCUGCUGGCGGCGGACAAGCACAUCAUUGAGCUGGAGGUGGAGUGCGGGCGGGAGGGCCCCCCGAGCGGCGAGGCCGGGGCCGGCAGCCGUAAGGCCAAGGACGUGGCGCUGCUGUACGAGGCCCUGCUCCAGCAGCUGUGGGCUAUGCUGGCCGAGGCCCUGGCGGCCCGAGGCACCUACCCGUCCCUGGAGCUGAUGGUGCGGGUGAUCGAGCAGGAGGAGGCCGCGGACCGGCGGUGGCUGGAGGCACAGGGGGGCGGCGCGGGGCCCCGGCCCCGGGCCAUGCGCCGCAGGUGGGCCGAGGCGGUGAAGCGGGUGGUGGGCGAGCGGCUGGGCCAGUGCGCGGAGGACAGUGGCGGCCCCCUGGCGGGGCACGUGGAGCGCCUGACCCGCUGCCUGGUGGAGGACCUCCGCGCCGUCAGGAGCCACCUGCUGCCGGCGUAUCCCCCCGAGUACCAGGCCCUGGACGUCUACGCCCGCAGCUACCAUGAGGGGCUGGCCCAGCUGCUGGGCAGCAUCGCCCAGAGGAGCCUGUCCAUCGCCGAGCUCUACUUCCUCCUGGACUGGCACAGCAACACCUACCCCAGGGAGGUGCUGGGGCGGCUGGACAUCGCCCCACUGCUCAGCGCCCGCGAGCUAGAGCCCCUGCUGCCCCCCGAGACCCAGCGCCGCUUGGAGGAGGCCUGCGUUGCGGCAGUGAAGACCAAGAUCGUGGCAGACAUGAGCCGGGAGCUGCGGGAGGAGGAGCAGCGCUGGGCACAGGAGCCUGGACGGGACCACAGCCAGCUGGAGCUGUCCAGCCGGGUGAUCUCUGUGCUGAAGGCCCAUGUGGACAAAGCCCCCCGGAUCACGCCGGAGUUCGGGAAGCAGAUAGUGCUAUGCUGUUUGACUGCUCUGGCCGAGUUCCUGCAGAGCUUUCAGAGCAAGGUGGAGCAGUUCCACGAGGGGCCUGGCAAGAGCGGCCCCCCCACCGACAGCUAUGUGGGCAGGACCAUCGCGCUCGUCAACUGCUGCCCCCCCUUCAGGGAAUACGUGGAGCACCUGGCGCAGUUUGGCCACUCGGAGAGCGAUGCCCCCCAGCGCCAGGCCAGCGCCGCCCUGGACAAGGUGACCCAGCUCUGCAACCAUGUCCUGGCCCAGCAGCUCUUCGAGGAGCUCCGGCCCUACUUCCCCAAGCUGAUGAAGAGGAAGUGGCUGGCCAGCUCGGAGAGCUUCGACGCCAUCGUCGCGCUGCUCACGGACUACACCCAGAAGCUGCGGAAGAUGCAGCCGGAGCCGUACGAGGUGCUGGUGAACGAGGUGCACCGGUGGGUGCUGGUCGAGUACGUCCGGCCCCUGCUGCAGGUCCGGCUCGUCUGCAGCUCGAACAAGAUGAGAGGCAAGGUGGCGGCCCGGCUGGAGGACGAAGGCCGCCAGCUGCAGGAGCUCUUCGGCCAGCUGAACUCGACUUCGUCCUGGCUGAAUGAAGUGGUGCCUCACCUGGCCGAGAUCCUGCGGCUAGAGGACACGCCCUCCAUCCAGAUGGAGGUGGGGGUGCUGGUGCGGGACUUCCCUGACGUCCGGAAGAAGCAUGUGGCGGCCCUGCUGGACGUGCGGGGCCUGCGGGGCCAGACGCAGCGCCAGGAGAUCUUGGCUGUGGUGGAAGACCUGGAGCUGAGCAAGGGCGAGGUUCCACGGUGCCAGGAGCGGGCCUUCUUCUCGAAGAUCCCCGCCACCCGUGAGGUGCGCUGCUUCAGCGGGGCCCUGCCACGCCUGCCGCCCGCGCACCUCGCCUGCCUGGGCUGGCUGCGCUGGGGGUGCCUGGGCCCCGCGCCUGACACAUGCCAGCCCCAGCCCAGUGAGCAUGAGGAGGACAUCCAGGUGUGA